AUGGACGUGAACGUGGACCUGGACGGGGACGUGGACGUGGACGUGGACGUGGAUGUGGACGUGGACGUGGACGUGGAGGACGUGGACGUGGACGUGGAGAACUUGGACGUGGACAUGGACGUGAACGUUGACGUGGACGUGGAGGACUUGGACAUGGACAUGGACGUGGACGUGGACGUGGACAUGGACGUGGACGUGGACGUGGACGUGGACCUGGACGUGGACAUGGACGUGGACGUGGACGUGGACGUGGACGUGGACGUGGACCUGGACAUGGACGUGGACGUGGACGUGGACGUGGACAUGGACGUGGACGUGGACAUGGUCGUGGACGUGGACGUGGACGUGGACGUGGACGUGGACGAGGACGUGGACGUGGACGUGGACGUGGAGAACUUGGACGUGGACAUGGACGUGAACGUGGACCUGGACGUGGACGUGGACCUGGACGUGGACGUGGACGUGGACGCGGACGUGGACGUGGACGCGGACGUGGAGGCGGAAGCGGACGUGGACGCGGACGUGGAGGCGGACGUGGAGGUGGACGUGGACGUGGACGUGGACGUAGACAUGGACGUGGAUGUGGACGUGGACGUGGACGUGGACGUGGACGUGGAGGUGGACCUGGAGGUGGACGUGGAGGUGGACGUGGACGUGGACGUGGACAUGGACGUGGACAUGGACGUGGACGUGGACGUGGACAUGGACGUGGACAUGGACGUGGACGUGGACGUGGACGUGGACGACUUGGACGUGGACAUGGACGUGGACGUGGACGUGGACAUGGACGUGGACGUGGACGUGGACGUGGACGUGGACAUGGACGUGGACGUGGACGUGGACGUGGACAUGGACCUGGACGUGGACAUGGUCGUAGACGUGGACGUGGACGUGGACGUGGACGUGGACAUGGACGUGGACACGUGGACGUGGACAUGGACGUGGACGAGGACGUGGACGUGGACGUGGACGUGGACGUGGACCUGGACGUGGACAUGGACGUGGACGUGGACGUGGACGUGGACGUGGACGUGGACGUGGACGUGGAGGUGGACGUGGACUUGGAGGUGGACGUGGAGUGGACGUGGACGUGGACGUGGACGUGGACGUGGACGUGGACGUGGACGUGGACAUGGACGUAGACGUGGACGCGGACGUGGACGUGGACGUGGAGGUGGACGUGGAGUGGACGUGGACGUGGACGUGGACGUGGACGUGGACGUGGACGUGGACGUGGACAUGGACGUAGACGUGGACGCGGACGUGGACGUGGACGUGGACGUAGACGUAGACGUGGACGUGGACGUGGACAUGGACGUGGACGUGGACGUGGACGUGGAGGACGUGGACGUGGACGUGGACGUAGACGUGGACGUGGAGAACUUGGACGUGGACAUGGACGUGAACGUGGACGUGGACGUGGACGUGGAGGACUUGGACGUGGACAUGGACGUGGACGUGGAGUGGACGUGGACGUGGACGUGGACGUUGACGUGGACGUGGACGUGGACAUGGACGUGGACGUUGACGUGA